AUGGACGAAAUAUCGUACCCGUCUUCUGAACGGAAAGUUCGUGGCAGAAAGGUGGUGCAAUCAGAUGAGAGUGGUGAAGGAGAGUCGACGCUGUUAAUGUACGACACCUGCGCGGAGAUUUCGACCAUACAAGAUGUGAAGCAGGCAAGGCUGGCCUAUAGCGGAAUGCCUAUCGUAACUGGCAACAACUGUAAUGGCAACAAGCUUUUCGUCGACGACAUGCCAUUCUGGUGGAGCGACGAGGUUUCGGAUAUCACAGAUAGUGAGCUAGUGAUGAAUGCAUCUGUCCUCAUAGAAGCAUUGGAAGGCCGCCUAAAGCUUGUUCCCAUGCCCGAUGUGGAGAUAGUGCUAGAUCCUAUAGAAGAUGUUACAAUACUGCGAACAAGAGACAAACUUUGCUUCAGAAGAGAGCACAUUUUUGGGAACACGGUUCGAAGCAUGGUGAACUUAAACGGUGAGCGACCCUUUGACGUUCAGCUGAAUGCAGCUGCUCCGUCUCUAGCUCGGUGGAAUAUUCCUGGAGCUAAAUCUUUGAGUGCAAGGUUGUUCGUAGACGUGCAUGAAAUUAUGAGCAAGUUGUCUUAUACCGCUUCACACGGUUUGGCGUUCUUCUUCGCCGUGGGCAGGGAGGACAUUCCCUUAAUAACAAUGGCGCGUGCACCAGCCACGUUAUCAUACUUCGUUGGAAGGAACUCAACCACUCAUUGA